GCAACUUUCUUUCUCACCCCCAAAACCCCCCUCCGCAAUCCCCCGCCUCCACCCCAAUGGCGUCCCUCCCUAACGGCGCCGGCGCCGCCGCCGCCGCCUCUGGUUCCUCCGGCGCGCGCCCGGUGGACAAGGAGGUGGACUUCGCCAACUACUUCUGCACCUACGCCUACCUCUACCACCAGAAGGAGAUGCUCUGCGACCGUGUCCGCAUGGACGCCUACCACUCCGCCGUCUUCCGCAACGCGCCGCACUUCCAGGGCAAGGUGGUCCUUGACGUGGGCACCGGGAGCGGCAUCCUUGCCAUCUGGAGCGCGCAGGCCGGGGCCAGGAAGGUGUACGCUGUCGAGGCGACUAACAUGGCGGAGCACGCUCGCGAGCUUGCGCGCGCCAACGGCGUCGCGGACAUUGUCGAGGUGAUUCAGGGCACCGUGGAAGACGUUGAGCUUCCGGAGAAAGUUGAUGUCAUUAUCUCAGAAUGGAUGGGCUACUUCCUUUUGAGAGAGUCCAUGUUUGAUUCUGUUAUUUCUGCACGUGACCGCUGGUUGAAGCCAGAUGGUGUAAUGUAUCCUAGCCAUGCUAGGAUGUGGCUAGCACCCAUAAGAACUGGUUUGGGUGACAAAAAGAGGGAAGAUUUUGAUAUUGCUAUGGAUGACUGGAGCCUGUUUGUUCAGGACACUCAAACUUAUUAUGGGGUCAACAUGAAUGCUUUGACAAAGGCAUAUCGUUCAGAACAUGAGAAAUACUAUUUGAAGUCUUCAAUAUGGAACAAUCUUCAUCCAAACCAAGUUAUCGGUCAACCUGCAGCUAUCAAGGAAAUCGAUUGCUUGACAGCCACUGUUGAUGAGAUCCGAGAAGUCAGAGCACAAGUUACAUUGCCACUCACAAUGGAUGCUAGAUUAUCAGCACUGGCUGGAUGGUUUGAUGUUCAUUUUCGAGGUAGUGCUCAAAACCCUGGGGUGGAGGAAAUUGAAUUAACUACAGCGCCAGAUGAGCAUGGUGGAACUCAUUGGGGUCAGCAGGUAUUCUUGCUGACUCCACCUCUGAGUGUGACUAAAGGAGACAAUGUUAAUGUCUCCUUCUCGAUGGUUCGCUCAAAGGAAAAUCAUCGACUUAUGGAUAUGGAGUUCACCUAUGAAUUGCAUGAGUUAUCUGGAAGGAAGCACCCAGCAGUCACAACCAAGAUGUACUUAGAGUAGACAAGAGUUGAUUAGGCCUGAUUCAUCAUCGUUAAAUGAAAAGACGGAACCGGCUUCCAUGUGCCAUCAGGCACUGUUACUGAACCUUUGCUCAGAAGCUGAGCAUAUGUAAGUGCCUCAGGGCCCCUGUGUGCUUGUUAUACCCAUGAUGUGUACAUUGAGACCAUGAGGCAUGUUGACAUGCCAAAGAUUCUGUUGUAUUGGUAAUAUCUUAUUGUUUGAUUGCUCAAGUAACGGGAGGAGCAAUUGCUUCACAACAUUUUAAUGUGGUAGCAGAUAUUGACCGACGUUACAGUUACUACAAACAUUCAGUGCAGAAUUUUGUUGAAUUCAAUUCAGUUUGUCCAAA